UUCCCAAUCUAUUCCCUUUUCCUUCCUCCACGUACCACCCUGCCGCGCCGCCUCCAGCCCUCAACUGCGCCGUCCCCCUCGUGUCUGCCGCGCAGUCGCCAGGGUUCCUCCUCCCUCGCCAGCAAAAGACUCCAGGAUGGAGCUAUCAGAGGCGACAACGGCGGAGGAGAACCAGGCCGUCGCGCCGCUGCCCAAGGAGAUCCUCAUGGAGAUUCUCGCCCGGCUCCCGGCCAAGUCCGUCGGCCGCUUCCGCUGCGUGUCGCCCGAUUGGUCCGCGAUGCUCUCGUCGGCGUACUUCGUCGACCUCCACGCCCGGCGGGCCAACAGGCCGGAUCGCCCUCGGCUGCUCCUUGCUCCGGUGGGUUCCUCGUACGAUGACUGCGUCUAUUCAUGGCAGCCCGGUGGUCAGGUCGAGAAGCUCAGGUCGGACGAUUUCGCAGAGACAGGGUUGCUUGCUCCUGUCACCAAGCCCUGCCACGGCCUCGUCCUCAUCAGGUGCACCGACUACCGCGGCUACUUCGUUUGCAACCCUUCUACUGGUGAGGUCUUGCCUCUCCCUGACAGCGAGGUGCCACUGAAGACGAUUUGGCGGCCUUCGAUAAGCGGGCAACCGUUCUUCUAUGGGGUGUCUUACGGACUCGGUUACUGCUCGGUGACCAAGCAGCAUAAAGUAGUGCGCUUGUUUUGGUGCAACAAUGUGUCAAGCUGUGAGGUCUUCGUCCUUGAUAAACUUGCUUACUGGAGGCCUACUGCCCAAGAGCCUCCAUCGUGCCAUGUCAGCGAGGACAAGCUGGCUGUUUUCGUAAGGGGACAUCUGCACUUCCUCUGCCGUGGUGCUGACAUUAUCACUUUUAACACUAGCAGCGAGACCUUUGGUUCGUUGCUGCCGCCAGCGGGUUUUGAGGAUGCGUCGCCAUUGCUGACGGAGCUGGAUGACUGCUUAUGCUACUGCUAUGGAGAGCCUGAUAGUGAUGAUCCUUACCAUGUCUUCCUGCUAAGAGAUUACAUGGGAGGCCGGUGGGAGAAGCUCUGUUGUAUUGAGCGAAGUGCUUGGCCAGAAUCUGAGCGCAUGCUGCUGCGAUCUCUCUGCAUUUCCCCACUAGUUAUGUAUCAUUCAGAUGAUGGACAGAGGAGGGUCAUGUUCGGGACAGGAGCUUGUAAAGUUUUUGCGGUGGGCCUUGACACCAACAUCCCGGAGAUUUUAUUCACGCCAGAUGGAACCAUAAUUGGUAGCUGUGAUGACGACUAUAUCCUGCCGCUUUGUCUGUUCGAGGAGUACCUCGGUUCAGUGGGACGCACAGUUGAGGAGAUGGCCUUUUCAUCACCGACAACUAAAGCUUGGUCAGACAUUUUUAAGUGGAUGCCUGCACGUUCGGUGUCUGAGUUGAGCUUGGUGUGCAGGGAAUGGCGUGCAACGAUCAUGACUGACCGUUUCAUUCAAUCGCAUGUCGCCAUGCAAAUUUGAAUAAGAUCCCUCGGGUUAUGAUUGUUGUUGAUCUCCAAUUCGGACAGUACAUGAAUUUGAAGGAUUUCUUUGAUGCGGGUGCACCAGUUU